CGCACGGUCUUUAACACGUUCUUCAACGAUUUUACUCCUUUCGUGUUUUCUGUGAUACCGUGACAUAUCGUGACACGUUAUUGACGAUCAUGCUUUCGUGUUUUAUUACGAUCAAUUAGUGACAGUGUACUUUUUUCAUCUUCUAUUCAACGACACAGAGACUUCAACGACUACUUUUACUUGGUGAACAGCCCUUGGUGUUUUCGUGACAACUAAGAAGGAAUCCGUCAACAUAGACGUCAUUUCUUUUUAAACUUUCUCGUUGGUAUCCAAGUAUAGCGGAAGUUGUGCGGAAAAUGUUACACUUGACGAGGACUGAAAUGACGCAGGAGUCACGGUGAGAAAAGGGCGAGGGUUUCACCCUCGCACGAAAAGGGGGUGCCAUGGCGAAGAACUUUAGUUUCGUCGUUGGUGCGAACCCAUCGACUACCCCUCACCUUAUUCGUCUUCUUCUCCACCUUCUCUUCCUCGGUCUCACCUGGUUCGUUCCCGCAACGCAUGCCGUGGAUCUUUCACAAUGCAUCGCGCCACUGGGCAUGGAAUCCAAAGCAAUACCGGAUAAGGACAUCACAGUCAGUUCCACCUACGAUGCCGGAAAUGUUGGCCCGCAUCUGGCACGGUUGAAAACGGAGAGCCUUGGUGGUGCUUGGUGUCCGAAGAAUCAGAUAACAAAGGAGGCAAAAGAGUGGUUGGAAAUUGAUCUCCACACUGUCCACCUUAUAACUGCUACCGCUACUCAAGGUCGUUUUGGAAACGGACAGGGUGUCGAGUACUCGGAGGCUUAUCUUCUAGAGUAUUGGCGACCACGACUGGGCAAAUGGGUUCGUUACAGGGACAUCAAAGGACAAGAGGUAAUACCAGGAAACACGAACACGUAUUUGGAGUCCAAGCAUGAACUGGAGCCACCUCUGUGGGCUAGCAAGAUCCGUUUUCUACCCUUCAGCAGUCACACGCGGACAGUUUGCAUGCGGGUCGAGCUCUACGGGUGUUACUGGAGCGACGGUGUGGUAUCCUAUUCGAUGCCCCAAGGCGACAAGAGAGGUAACGAAUGGGAGUUCUUUGAUGCCACUUACGACGGCCAUUGGGACGAUGAACUUCGUCGUGGAUUGGGCCAAUUAAUAGACGGUAAAAUGGGCCCGGAUGAUUUCAAGAUGGGCUAUUAUGACGAUAGAAGACAAGGUUGGGUUGGAUGGAGGAACGAUACACGAAAUGAUCAACCAAUUGAAAUCAAAUUUGAGUUCGAUGUAGUCAGAGAAUUCUCGGCAAUUCAUAUUUACUGCAACAACCAAUUCACCAGGGACGUUCAGAUCUUCUCGCAAGUCGACAUACUCUUCAGUAUAGGCGGGCGAUACUACAACGGUGAGCCGAUUACCUACACCUACAUGGAGGACAAAAUAUUUGAAACGUCUCGUAACGUCUCUAUCAAGCUUCACCAUCGUAUCGGGAAGUACGUGAAAUUGAGACUCCAUUUUUCCGCCAGAUGGAUCAUGAUCAGCGAAGUGAUUUUCGAUUCUGACAUAGCGCAUGGUAAUUUCACGAACGAGGAAGCACCUACGACUGAAUUACCAAUUCAAAGUGACGUUUUUGUUGAAAAAAAUGGAUCGGGCGUUGACGGUGAACUUCCUGUAUCAACUGCUAAACACGAUGAUCCAACUUACAUGGCAAUCGUAAUUGGAGUAUUGAUGGCUGUAAUAUUGCUCCUUGCCGUGGCAAUAUUUCUGAUAGUAUCGAGACACAGACAACGUAAAUGUUUUGCUAGUCCUAUGACUGGAAAAGCUCCAUCUCAUUUGGGUUCAACCUGUGCCACUGUAGAAAAGGGAGCAGCGUUGAUGGCUUAUACUUUGGAAGACGACGAAAGAUACGCAGGGGGUUCUUUGCCUACCCUACCACGUGAUCUGGGCAAUCGUCUCCUGGAUAUCGCCAAGCUCGAUGACUAUCAGGAACCCUACCAAGCGUUGAAGUAUGCUCCGUACUACAGCUACAGCACCGUCGUUAUGGAGAUGAAAGACAUGAUGCUGAACAACAAGGGCACCAACAUCAAUCACUCAGCGGUGUACGCGAACGGUGCAGUUGACACAUCAUACGAUUAUGCGGUACCGGAACUCGGCACGGUACCUCUCCUCAACCAAGAAGGAACCGGAGGAUGUCCUAGGACCACUACUGUAUCCAGUACUACCAGUGACAAAGAGAGUCUCUUCUCUAAGAAUUCUUCUCACAGCGCUAAAACCGAGGACAAGAAGUCACCAACACAACAGGAGGUACUAUCGGCCUUGAAAAGACGUCUCGAGCAAACUAGCGUUCCUCUCUUCCCACGACAUCGCCUUCGCAUGCUUUCCAAACUCGCAGAAGGUGCAUUUGGGACGGUAUACGUCGCUGAAGCCGAAGGGAUUCCUGAGUAUGGAACAACGACCACCCUCGGCAAGCGUUUCGUCGCCGUCAAGUUUUUAUUACCGGAAGCCAGCGAGAAGGAAAAGCUAGAUUUCCAAAGAGACGUGAGGAUUUUGGCGGCACUUGAGGAUCGCAAUAUCGCUAGGGUUUUGGGUGCUUGUUGCCGUGAGGAACCCUAUUGCGUUGUGAUGGAAUAUUUGGAACACGGGGACCUCUGUCAAUUCCUAAAGACGCAUAUCACUGCAGAGGAUGCCCAUUCCAUGCCAAUCGGUGUUAAGACGCUUAGUUUCAACUGUCUCAUCUAUAUGGCAGCGCAAAUCGCAUCGGGCAUGCGGUAUCUCGAGAACCUCAACUUCGUGCAUCGGGAUUUGGCUACUAGGAAUUGCUUAGUUGGAAAGGCUUAUCAUAUCAAGAUCUCAGAUUUCGGUACAGACAACGAACUAUAUGCCUGUGACUAUUAUAAGGUGGAUGGAACUGUACCCUUGCCUGUUCGUUGGAUGGCUUGGGAAUCUAUAUUUUUAGGCAAGUAUACGACCAAGAGCGAUGUGUGGGCAUUCGCAGUGACUCUUUGGGAGAUCUUAAAUCUAGGAAGACGUGUACCUUAUGAACAUUUAUCGAACGAGGAAGUUGUCGAAAGUCUUCGAAGAUUUCAUCGUGCUAACGAAGAAGAUGGCUCAGCAUCGGAAAGCUGUGGUACCGACGGAACGAACGAUCAUUUCGAUUAUCUUCCAAGACCUACUGCUUCUUCGAAAGAUAUUUACGAUCUGAUGUUAGAAUGUUGGCGUCGCGAGGAAAACGAACGUCCAACCUUCCGCGAGAUUUCUUUGUUCUUGCAACGUAAGAAUCUCGGAUAUGCGCCAACAUCUUGAUAUUGAACCAAUAACACCAACGAGAGUUAUGAUUUAUUUUUUCAACAAUUACGAUUCUCCGAUGUUACGAGAAUCGAACGAUGAUUAUUCGAUGAUUAUUUCAUCGAAUUUUCUUCUAUUUAUUCGUUGUACGUGUCGGUUCAUCGGAACAGAUUUAUGUGAUCGAACCUUUGACAACGUUCAAUCAUUUUUGGGAAAUCAUUAUCGAUGAAGAAUAUCUUGAAAUCAAUCGCGAACGUUACACACUGAUGAAUAAAAUAAAUAUAAUAUCUUCCAAUUAAUUAGGAGUUUAACUUCGCGUAAUCUUAUGGUAAAUUAGAUGGGAUGAUAUUUUUGACGAUUACGUAUCUAAGAAAAUGAAUGUCAUCGAAUUGGUAAAUUACUUUAUUUAUUUAUUUUUUUUUUUUUUUAUGAAAGAAUUGUUAGGAGCGUAAAAAUCGCGAACAUUCCUUAAUCAGAAUGAAAUUCAAAAAAUUCACGUUUCUUUUUAUUAGAAUCGUCAAAAUGGUUCGUUCUUUUGCGUUCGGUUUUCGAAAAGACAAAAAAAAAAACCAAAAGAGAAAAUGAGCUGAAGAUACGUUACAUUUGAAUAUUUCUAAGAGACAAGUAUAUGACGUUGGACUGUGACUUCGACAAUCCAAUGAGUGCGCCGUGGUUCUUAUUAAAUUGUUUAAACAAAAAAA